AAAGACAUGACCGUUGUGGGACCUCCUAUUUCGCCUUUCAAACAAAAUUACAUAAAUAACCGUUGCACCUCUCUUCACUUCUCAUCAUCUCAUUCCUGCUAAACCCUCAACAGCAUAGUAAAAUUUUGAAGAAAGCCAAUUAAUCAAUCAGAUAGGAUGACUGUUGAGGUUGAGUGUAAGGCUGAGGCGGUGCAGGUGGCGGUGGAGCCGGUGAAGGCGGCGGCCGAAGAAGUGAAAUGCGAGAAGGAUGAAAGCAAGCCUAAGACGGUGGAGAAAAGCUCUUCCUACAGAGAAGAGAGCAAUUUCCUCUCCGAUCUGAAAGAGCACGAGAAGAAGGCAUUGAACGACCUCAAAACCAAGCUCGAAGAAGCCAUUCUCGGAAACGCCAUUUUCAAGAAGAAGGAGACGCCCAAAAAGCCGGCGGAGGAGAAACCCGCAGAAGCGUCUGAGGAAGUAGCGGAGAAGAAAGAAGAAUGCGGCGGCGACGAGGCACCGAAGCCCACAGAAGUUUGCGAGGAAGAGAUAGCGAAGAAAGAGGAAUGCGAGGCCGUUGAGAAAUGCGAAGCAGAAGCUGUUGACGAAGACAUCUCAAUUUGGGGAGUGCCCCUUCUGCCCAGCAAAGGCAACGAGAGCACAAACGUGGUGCUCUUGAAAUUCUUGAGGGCACGCGAAUUUAAGGUGCACGACGCGCUCGAGAUGCUGAAGAAGACUCUCCAGUGGCGGAAGGAGUUCAAGAUCGACACCCUUCUAGAAGAAGAGUUCGAGGCCGACCUAGCCGCGGCCGCCUACAUGAGCGGCGUGGACCGCGAGGGCCACCCCAUCUGCUACAACAUCUUCGGAGUUUUGGACGAGAAGACGGUGGCGACGGAGGAGAAGAGGGAGCAGUUCUUGAGGUGGAGGGUGCAGCUCAUGGAGAAGGGAGUUGAGAAGCUCGAUUUCAAGGCUGAUGGGAUUAACUCAUUGCUGCAAAUCAACGAUCUCAACAACUCUCCCGGCGCUUCCAAGAAGGAGGUGCGAGCCGCGGUCAACAAGGCCGUUGCGCUUCUUCAAGAUAAUUACCCUGAAUUCGUCGCCAAAAAUAUUUUCAUCAAUGUUCCAUUCUGGUACUACGCUUUUCAUUCCUUGUUGUCUCCUUUCUUGACGCAAAGAACUAGGAGCAAAUUAGUCUUUGCUCGCCCAUCCAAGGUCACUGAAACUCUGCUCAAGUAUAUUCCCAUCCAAGAAAUUCCAGUCCAGUAUGGUGGAAUGAAGAGGGAGAAUGACUUUGAGUUUUCCAACGCUGAUGGUGAGGCUACAGAAGUUAUGAUCAAAGCUGGAUGCACUGAGACCAUUGAAAUCCCAACUCCUGAGCAGGGUGGAACUACAUUUAUCUGGGAUGUGACAGUAGUUGGGUGGGAGGUGAACUACACAGAGGAAUUCGUGCCGACAGAUGAGAAUUCGUAUACCAUGAUUGUCCAUAAAUGUAAGAAGAUGAGCUCGGAGGAGGAAGCGCUUCGUAAAACAUUCAAGAACAACGAAGCAGGGAAGAUCGUCAUAACUGUCCAAAAUUCAUCUGGGAAGAAGAAGAAGUUGUUCUACAGAUACAAGAUCAAGAAGGCUAGCUUCUGAUUUUUCAUUCUUGAGGAUUUUUUUUUACUAUUAUUUGAAGAUUUUCAUACAUGGGAUGUGGGGAGGAUGUUGAUUCUUGAAGAUUCUUUAUUUGAUUGAUUUGUUUGUACUUGCGUGGUGGAAAAUUAUAUUUCUUUCAUCACAAUUUGAUUUCAUUAAUUAAUUGUGUUGUUCUUUGUGUUAA